ACACAACCUCUAAACUAAACUACCUCCUAUCAGUGUUUAGGGUGUUCCACAUUUAAUUAAAUUGCAUAUAGUUAUAAAUUAGGUCCGCUAAUAUUAUUUGCCGGAUAGUAUUUGAAUUCAGCUGCUUUGAUUGUACUAAAAUAUCCUUUUCAAUACAAAUCUGUUUUGUUAUUAAUAAUUUUGUUAGGGAGUGCCAGAUGAUUGUGUGAUUACUAGGCCUUCCUGGAACUGUCUUCUUGAAAAGAAUAUCUAUUUUUAUAGGCCUAGGUCAUUUAUUCCUCUUAAAAAGUUCUCUAAAAAGGUUAUGAAAUGUGUGCUAAAAUGGCAUUUCAGCACCAAGCCGGAACGGCUAUGGAAUGUCUCAGCAUUCCAAUCACUUUACAAAAGGAAGCUGGUGUCGAUCAUGAAGGCAGAGAAGUCUUAAAAUGUGGCUUCAAAAUUGGAGGUGGAAUAGACCAAGAUUACAGAAAAAGUCCACAAGGCUAUACAGAUAACGGUAUAUACGUAACAGAGGUACAUGAAGGGAGCCCAGCAUCAAAAUCUGGUUUGCGGAUGCACGAUAAAAUACUACAGUGUAACGGCUAUGAUUUUACGAUGGUGACUCAUAAAAAGGCAGUAGACUACAUCAAGAAACAUCCGAUCCUAAAUUUGCUUGUGGCUAGAAAGGGCGUCACUUCCACAUAAAAUGUUCCUCGUCACAGUAUAUAUCGUACCUGCUUGUUGUAUAGGCAACCCAUACCAUUGCAUACCAAUAAGUCAUACAUGUUAAGUGUUCCAGGAUAUAUAACCUUGUGGUGUAUUAUAUGUGAAAACUGCAAUUAUAUCCCACCCAAUUUUGAAAUUUCAUCCAAUAUUAAAUAGCAUUUAUUAUAUUUGUACUUAUAUCAAACUGUAUAGAUGUAUAUUUUUGAGUGGUUUCUUAUUCUAAAUAAGAUAGUGAGAGUUAAAAUCAAAAUGGGAUUUGUUAAAUUACAAUUAAUUAGU